CCCAAAGGUGUUCUACUGGUGGGCCCACCCGGCACUGGAAAGACACUGUUGGCGCGCGCGGUGGCCGGCGAGGCUGGGGUUCCCUUCUUCCACGCCGCCGGUCCUGAGUUCGAUGAGAUACUCGUAGGACAGGGCGCUCGACGGGUCAGGGAUUUGUUCAGUACCGCCAAACUGAAGGCGCCGUGUGUUGUGUUCAUCGAUGAGAUUGAUUCAGUCGGUGCUAAACGGAGUAACUCUGUUCUCCAUCCGUACGCCAAUCAGACAAUCAAUCAGUUGUUGACCGAAAUGGACGGCUUUCGACAGAACGAAGGCGUCAUAGUGUUGGGCGCCACCAACAGACGCGACGACUUAGACCGAGCGCUGCUAAGACCCGGACGUUUCGAUGUGGAGGUUCAGGUGCCGGUGCCCGACUUCAACGGCAGGAAAGAGAUCAUUGAUUUGUAUUUAUCGAAAGUCAAGUUCUCGAGUGAUGUGAACGUGGAAAUGCUGUCGCGGGGAACCACUGGCUUCACGGGCGCCGACUUAGAAAAUCUGGUCAAUCAGGCGGCGCUCAGAGCAGCCAUUGAUGGGCAGCCGUCUGUUACUAUGAAAUACAUGGAGAAUUCGAGAGACAAGAUACUGAUGGGACCCGAGAGGAAGAGUCGUAUCCCUGACGAAGAGGCCAAUGUGAUCACAGCCUACCACGAGGGCGGACACGCGUUAGUCGCCCACUUCACUAAGGACUCGCACCCUCUGCACAAAGUAACUAUCGUUCCGCGCGGACCCUCUCUCGGACACACCGCCCAACUGCCAGACAAAGAACACUUCUUCACCACAAAGUCCCAACUCUUGGCACAAAUGGAUACACUUAUGGGCGGCAGAGCUGCUGAAGAACUUAUUUUUGGCGCCGAAAAGAUCACAACCGGUGCUUACGAUGACCUCAAAAAGGCUACCAAUUUGGCCACACAUAUGGUCAAGGAUUUCGGAAUGUCUGAUAAGAUCGGCGUUCGAACCUUCGAAGACGAUCACAACUCCCUGGUUGUGGUCAACGAUUUAGCCGUCAGUACCACUGAGAACAUCGACAGCGAGAUCAAGAAAUUGCUUCAGGAUUCAUACGAAAGGGCGAAGACUAUUCUCAAGACUCAUAGCAGAGAACACAAACUCAUAGCCGAAGCACUUCUUAAGUACGAGACAUUAAAUGCAGAGGAAGUGAACAAUAUUUUAAUGAAAUAGUUUUCUAAUAAAAAUAUAUUCUAUUAAUUAUUAUAAUUCAUUGAUUGAUUAAUUUGAGAUAUAAA